AUGGCGGUCGGCAAUAAUAAGCACCUUACAAAAGGUGGUAAGAACGGAGCCAAGAAAAAAGUGAUUGACCCAUUUUCUAAGAAAGAUUUGUAUGAUGUGAAAACACCAGCUAUGUUCAAUAUAAGAAAUAUUGGGAAAAUACUAGUCACAAGAACUCAAGGAACCAAAAUUACAUCUGAUGGUCUCAAGGGUCGUGUUUUUGAAGUGAGCCUAGCUGAUCUGCAGAAUGAUGAAGUUGCAUUCCGGAAAAAGAUGAUGGAAAUCAUGACCCGAGAGGUGCAGACAAAUGACUUGAAAGAAGUGGUCAAUAAAUUGAUUCCCGAGAGCACUGGAAAAGACAUUGAAAAGGCUUGCCAGUCAAUGUAUCCUCUCCAUGAAGUCUUUGUUAGAAAAGUCAAAAUGCUGAAGAAGCCCAAGUUUGAAUUGGGAAAACUCAUGAAGCUUCAUGGUGAAAGCAGCAGCUCUGGAAAAGCUACUGGGGAGGAGACAGAUGCUAAAGUUGAACAAGCUGAUGGAUAUGAGCCCCUAGUCCAAGAAUCUGUUUAA